CCCGUAAUUGCUCUUAAAUAAUCCGUUAGGAUAAUUUCAUCUCGCCGUGGGGAAUGAUUAACGUUCGCUCGGGCUGCAUUGCGCCUCCAUUACAUUUCGAUUAAAUUCAGAUAAAAAGAAAUAAAUUACACUCGCAUAAAAAAUUUAUACGUCGCGUAUCACAUGCAUCCUUUGUAACCUUUCAAAUAUAACCUUCAAACGCGAAAUUAUCUUUGGUUAGGCGAUUUCACGACUAUCACGGCCUUUUUACCGUUGGUAGAACACGCGGAAAAAUGCCAGCACCAAAUUCCAUCAGCGUAGCUGUAAUAUGUUCCAGUAACAUGAACAGGAGCAUGGAGGCACAUGCUUUUCUGAGCAAAAAGGGAUUUAAUGUGAAAUCAUUUGGAACUGGAGACAAGGUCAAAUUACCUGGUACUGCACCAGACCGCCCUAAUAUCUACGACUUUGGAACUUCAUAUGAUGAGAUCUAUAAUGAUUUAUUGAUGAAAGACAAGCAAUAUUAUACACAGAAUGGUUUACUACAUAUGUUGGAUCGGAACCGUCGAAUAAAACCUAGACCGGAACGAUUUCAAUUGUCCAAGGAUAAGUUUGAUAUUCUAAUUUCAUGCGAGGAACGUGUAUAUGAUCAAGUUAUCGAAUGCAUGGAAUCUAAAAUUAAAGAAGAUAAUCAACCUGUGCAUUUGAUUAAUAUUGAUAUUCAGGAUAAUCACGAAGAGGCCACAGUAGGCUCGUUUCUUAUAUGCGAGCUAGUAACAGUGUUGGCAAAUAGUGAAGACUUAGACAAUGACAUAGAUGAACUACUCCAUGAAUUUGAGGCCAAAUUUGCAAGAACAAUAUUGCACACUGUGUUAUUUUACUGAAAAAUCCGACACAAGAAUUAUCAAGAAUCUGGUGUUCAUCAAUUUGAAAUUUAUUUAUAACAGAAAUUCAAAUUAAUUAUAUAUAAUUUAC